AUGAACAGCAUCUUCCAAGGCGAUCCAGUCCUCCUACGUCCCCGGGCUGCGACACAUCCAAGUGUACAUCUCGUCUUGCUCCCUCUUCUUCCAACCGCUCCUCAGCGCGCUCCAAUCCCAUCAGAACUAUGGGGUAGGAUAUUAAGAAACACCAUAUCCUCGAGGUCAGACACCAAAUCACAGGAUGAACAAUCUGCGCUGCUCAAACUCGUUCUAGUUUGCAAGGCGUUCAAGGAUGUCGUCCUGCCGUUGCUUUAUACGAAGCCAUAUAUACCAUCUUUCGAUAAAUUUGUCCAAUUCUGCGACAAGCUCAUCGAUUCAGAUCGCAAAUGGGACAAUCUGCGUCGUAUACGAUACUCGACUCCCGGGAGAUGGGUCGAAUCACUCGAUCUAUCGCACCUCUCCCAUCUGACGGGGGGUCAGCAUCUUAAGUUUGACAAGCUCGUUGCACAAUUAUUCCCUAUCCUUCCCUUUCUUCGACGCCUAACCCUUGAUCACACUGCCCCUCUCUCAAGGGGUGCCAUGCACACCCUCGCCGACUCCGACGCCGCGCUCUCACUCACGAUCCUGCGUGGUGUGCAUAUUCCAUCUACCCAACGUGCAUCGUAUCUACAAACCGAAUCCUUGGUUCAACUCCUUCGCUCCUGUGUCAAUCUCGAGCAGCUCGAGCUGCGUGGAGAGGGGCUAGAUGGAGAUGGCGACAUGCACGACCCAGACGCCAUCUACGCUCCGGCAAACUUUGACCUACCGAACCUUACACUGCUCUCGGUUGUGCAUGUACCCUUUUCUCCAAUCAUCCAAGCACUUGCACGAGCCGAGUUGGCAUCAUUAUGUGCUAUGACUAUCACGUUGUACGCAGACUACGCCAAAACUUCUGACGCGAGCAAGCUUCUCGAUGCACAUGCCACCAAACUGACGACCCUCACAUUUUCCCCGUGUGAAGCAUGGCCGUCAACCACCACACAUACACCAGAGGACAUACUCGACAUGUGCCCGCGUCUACGGUAUCUCUCGCUGGCAAUCAUCCCCAAUAGCCUUUCUCGCCCGACCGUCCCUAGUCCACUUGCGAUCCUUUGCAUCCCACGGCCAACAAUAGAGUUUUUGAAUCGGAUCGUGGAGCCGCUGAUGCCCUCGUUGCGCGAAGUGCGAAUACGAGAGGUGCGGUAUCUGAGCAAGGCCAUGGGGAUGGGCGCGGCAAAGGCCGGAAGCAGUGCAAUCAUCCUUGAAUGGAGGAGAAGACUCUCAAGAAGGGGAGUAAUCGUUCUCGAUGCCGUAGGGAGGAGUGGGCCAUAA